GCACAACGGUCACAGAUCUAACGGUCACAAAUUUAAAAAAAUUCGACCGUUGGAACGAUUCGUCUUCUGAACCUCCAGCUUCAAAAGGGAUAUCUCUUUCUUUACCGCAUUCGUAGAACUCCUUGUGUGUGAGAGAUACGUGUUCAGUAAGGGAGCGAUCUAAGAUAAAGAGAGAAACCUAGAAGAAUAUCAUUCUUGUGUCUUUGCCAAUCAAGAUUUUCAACAGGGACUUUUGGAAGAUCUUCUAGGUUUUAGAAGAAGAAAUGGCUUCAAGAGUAGUUAUUCCUCAACAAGCUAGAGGUGAGGCAGUCGAAAACAAGGUGCACAAGAAGAACCCAGUGGCCCACGAUGGGAAAAAUCGCAGAGCUCUUGGUGAUAUUGGGAAUAUGGUACCUGCUGCUAGAGGAGGAGUUGAAGGCAAACCUAAUCGCCCCAUGACAAGGAGUUUUCAUGCGCAAUUAAUCGCUAACGCUGAAGCCGCUAGAGCUGCUGAGAAGAACAAGAAACAGAUGGUGGUUCCUGAUGCUGGGAGAAGAAUUGAGGCACUAAAGGCCAACAACAAUAAUAAGAUUGUUAAUGUUAAGCCUAAGCCCAUAGAGGUGAUUGAUCUAUCCUCAGACACAGAGGAAGUCAAGAAGAAGCCGGAGAAGCCUUUGAACAACAUGAAAAAAGAAGUAGAAGUUGGGGGAGGGGCCUCCUUAAGAAAGAAAGCACCAACACUUACUUCAGUUCUUACUGCUAGAAGCAAGGCGCAGAUAGUUGACAUAGAUGCAGCAGAUGUAGACAACGAGCUGGCUGCGGUUGAAUAUAUUGAAGAUAUGUACAAGUUCUAUAAGCUAGUCGAGAAUGAGAACCGGCCUCAUGACUACAUAGAUUCACAGCCAGAGAUCAAUGAACAGAUGAGAGCUAUACUAGUGGAUUGGUUGGUGGAAGUUCAUACCAAGUUUGAACUCUCUCCUGAGACUUUUUACUUGACUAUCAAUAUAAUUGAUCGGUUCCUGGCGGUAAAAACAAUAUCAAGGAGAGAAUUGCAGUUGGUGGGCAUAAGUGCCAUGUUAACAGCCUCAAAAUAUGAAGAAAUUUGGGCUCCCGAGGUCAACGAUUUCGUAUGUCUCUCAGACAGAGCUUACACUCAUGAGCAGAUAUUAAGAAUGGAGAAGAUCAUUCUAGGCAAGUUAGAGUGGACCUUAACUGUUCCAACACCAUAUGUUUUCCUGGUUCGUUUCAUCAAGGCAUCUUUCCCUGGUGACAAGCAAUUGGAGCACAUGGUUUACUUUCUAGCUGAGCUAGGUAUGAUGCAUUACGCAACAAUAAUGUAUUGCCCUUCAAUGAUAGCUGCCUCGGCAGUGUAUGCUGCUAGAUGCACCCUCAACGUGGGUCCAGUUUGGAAUGACACACUAAAGCUACACACUGGUUUUGCAGAGACACAGCUCAUAGACUGUGCUAAACAUUUAAGCAACUUGCAUUCAAUGGCUGAGAAAGCUAAGCUUCGGGGUAUAUACAGGAAGUAUAUGUCUUCAGAAAGAGGGUCAGUUGCUCUGCUGACACCGGCUAAGGCUCUCUUGCCAUCUCUGUGAAUUUGAGGAUAACUUCAUGAUGCCACCGCAGCAUCAUCUAUAUGAAUUUGUUUUGGAGGAUAAGAAUUUACUUUACUUAUGUGAGACAACUUCAUCAAUAUGAAUUCACUGUCCUUUUUUUCUCUUCAUUGUGUUACAAAAAACUAUACUUUGUAUUUUUUUUUUUAACUAUUUUAAAAAAGUUCAAUUUUACCA